AAUCUAAUGUAAAUGAAUAUAUGAAUGUCUCUUACUGUUACUUUUAUAUCAGCAGCCAUGAUGCUCAGAGAAGCCUAGUUUAUAGUAGUGCCUGAAGAACCUCUAAAAGUCAAUAGCUAAAUUUCUAAAACUAAAUAUUAGGUGAUAGUAUGUACUUAUAUUUAUAUUUAAUGUCAGAGAUUUGGGAUUCCAAAAACUGAGAAAUUAUUGGGACUCGUGUCCUUCUCUGAAUAAAUUGAUGAGCUCCCAAAAAGUCAGACUAUACUUCCUUUUUGCACACUCUGUAGUGCUAAAAUGUUAUUCUGAUAUUCAAGUAAUACCAUACUAUCUAGAAGAGGAGAUUGUACUUUGGAGAUUAAGAUAUGUCUUAAGUGGUCAUGGUUAUGUUAAGCCAACAAAAGCAGUACGUUUAUAGAUAUUAAUCUAAUACAGUAGCCCUUCACAUUUCCAUGCCCAAGCCACUGUUUUUCAGAUCAUGAAGUAUCACUCACUGCAUCAAAGAAUAAGGGGCCACAACCCUGAAAUUGAGGCUUGAGAGUCUGUCUAGGAAUUAUAAUAUAACACAUGCUCCCUAUGAGCCUAUGGAUCUUUGCCAGAGCUAAACAUAAUUUUAUGAGUUAGAAGGUGACUGCUGUCUGUAGCUCAGACUUUCCUUUUUUGGCCUUAGUUAUAAAGGAAGUGUAACUUAGCUAUAGUAUUACUUGAAGGAGAAAAUCUCAGGAAGAAAUGCCAUUGGGAGUACCACCAAUAGUCCCUACUGCCUCAUUUUCUAUGUCUGAUGGUGUCAUCAAGGGAGAUUUUAGAUGAAAACAUGGGUGUCCUCUAUGCCUUGAAGUCUACAAGGUUAAGCAUGCAACCUAAACAUAACUACCUUUCCCUAAUAACCCAGACUAGAUUUAUCAUCCAUGAUGUAAAUUAUUCUUGAAGCUGUUUACAUUUUUGGCCUAUAUCAAUUCUUGGAGGUAAUUUAGUUCUAGAAAUCAGUAACCCACUCUUCAAAGUAGGAUUUCCUUUUCUUUUGCCCCAAGACUGUGUUAAGUCAUGCCCCCUAGUUCUAGAAUUGCAAGAUUUGGUGAUCAAGGCCAGGUUUGCCCUAUCCCUACUGCUUGUGACUUAUUUCUGUCAUAUUUCCUCUCAGUUUUUCUUUUUCCAGGUUGAAAUCCUAAUUUUUUCAAGGACUAUUGCUUUUAUGAAACCCUUGAUAAUUCCACACCCCAUCCCCAAAUGAUAUAUUAUUUCAGCAAGCAUAUUGUAUUCUUGCUUCAGAAAAGUGUAAUAUAAUCUUCCCAAUAAUUGCAUGGGCAUGGAAUGUUAAUUUCUGGCAUGAUAAUGCUGUGAUCUGCAAGUAUGGGAGUCUGCAUAUUUUAAAAAUAUUGCCUGGCCUUUUUUAGGUGCCCAGCAUUUCAUUUUUCAGUUUAUGUGCAUAAUAUCUACUAAGAAUUCUAAAUAAAGACUUUGUGAUUUAAAUUGUUUUCCAUCAAAUCAAUAUUUAGAAUAGCAGUUUCUUUAUGUAGGAUACCUUGAAAGUUGCACCUUUAGUAUUUAAGUGAUUCUUGAAUAUGCUGUUUUCAAUGCUUCCUCUCUCUCCCACUUCUAACUAUUUUGAAGAUGUUUUAGUGAUAUUUAGUGAUAGUUAUUCACGAUGGUCUUUUCCUUGAUGAUGUUUAAGAAGGGUUACAUGGUGCUUUGAAGGUGCACUAAAAAUGUGUACUUGUCCAGAUGAGUCCUGUGCUUUUCUUCAUAUUCCAUAAAUAAGCUAUAGUUUUUCUUGUUUUACAACUCUUCAUAGUCUAAGGGUUGGCCUUUUGUUCCUGAUGAUUCCAGUUCUAUGUAGGGAUUUUGUAUAGUUCCGUAUGUGUUCUGAAACAAACAAUUCAUAACAUUUACAUGCAUGUAGUAUGUCUUUUCCAUAUCUCUACCUUGAUCUCCCACUUUCCCAGAGGACCUCUUUAAAUUCCGAUGGGGAGAUGGUGGGUAUUUGUACAGAAAUGUUUUUUCAUCCAUGCUUACUUAGUGUGCUGCAGAAAUAUUGAGGCGAGACAGGUAUAAUUGGCCCUUCAGCUUUACAAAUAAAAACAUUUUAUAGUAGUCACUGUAGAUGACAGAGAGGGGAUUCAGACACUGGAAAAACUUACAUUCACUUUUGGCUUCAGUAUUUAAAUUACCGUUAGUUUUUCCAUGUGCUAUAAUAAGUUCUAUCAUCUAAACUUAAAUACUUGUAAAGUAACAUUAAGGACAAAGAAAGACCUUGCUGUAAAAUUAUGUAAACAGUGCUUCAUCCCCUCAAAUCUUACAUCUUCCAUGAAGCCUUCUGCAGCCAACAUUGAUUUCUCCUUUCUGAUCAUUCAUAGCAUUUACAAUGAAAAAUAAUUACUGGUAUUUUGCAAGUCUUUAUGGUUUUUAAAUUGUACAUCCAUUAUCUCAUUUAAUCCUCAUCAUAACCUGCCUCCCUCUUCAGAUCUCUUGAGGUGUUUUGGAUCUCUUCUUCACACUUAGAAUGGAAUUGCUAAUGUUAUUUGGGUUCAUUUCUCCCCUAGGAAAUGAGAAUCCUUUUGAGGGCAGAGACUUUGUCCUUUAUUUCCUUAGCAGCUCCAUCGAGUGAUACCUUUACUUUCGUGUUACUCUAGUUCAAACAUUUGUCUGGUUGUAUUACAUUAAGUAUAACACUUUGUUAUAUACAGGAAGUCCCCAAAUUCCAAACAUCCUUUUAAAAAAUUUUCUAAGUUUUUUGGAAUUCUGAAACAAAAUUUUCUGUAGAAAAAUGUUUAUCAGUGAUGGUUAUGUUCCUAGGCUGGGUCACAUAACCUACAAUGCAAGUGAAAUGCUAUAUAGUUUUAAAAAUAAAAACUAAAACAUAAUUCUAUGAUCAUUAUCAUUCAAACAAUUUAAUUAGUUAUUUUAUUGUAAAUACCGAUAUUUGAGAAAUGGGUAGUUAACGAGGCUAGACAUAAAAAAGAGACUUCGAGGCAUUUUCAAGGACUUUAGAGGCUGAAAUCAUUGAUUUGUCAUCAUGUCUAAUUUCAAUUCUUAAUUGGCGCUCUUGUUUUCUUUUAUACAAGUGUCUUACAAAUAUUCUUUUUUUGUUAAGGCCCCUCUUCCUUUUCUUUUAACUCAUAAUUUUCUGAAGUAACUAGAUUAGAGCUGUAAGAAGAAUUGGGGUUUGUAGGAUCACGGAUAUAUAGCUGGAAGGGGCUUCAAAGGCCAUCUGGUUGAAUCUCCUAUUUUACAGACAACAAAACUGAGGCCUAAGGAGGUUGCUUAGCUAAUUUGCCCAGGAUCAUACUAGUAGUGGGCAUCAAAGGCAGAAUUUGAACCCACAGUUCUCUUAAAAGACCGUUUGUCUAUACUUUUAAGUGCCUGAUUGCUGGAGGUGUAAUUAACUAAAUGCUAGUGGCAAGAGGAGCAAGUUGGAGGGCUCUCCAUUCCCUUUUGUGCAGUUGGGGGAUAGGGGUGGGGACCAGAGGUAGCAAAAAAAAAAAAGUAAAGCAAACAUUUUGUGUUAGAUAGUCUCAAUAUUGGCCACCAGGUGGUACCAUUGACCCAGAACAGCUUGGUUUCUAUCUAGAGGAGUGGAAAUGGUGAAGAGAAUUUUGGUCUGAGUGUUUAGUUGAACAUUUAUGAAUAUGGUAUUCCCAAGUGAGGGAGCACUUCUUCUGUCUUUCCCAUGUGUCUGAUGCCAUAUUUUUACCUCCCACAGUACAUACUGCAGUACUGGGCAUAUAGUACAUAAAACUAGCUUGUAUUUACAGAGGGCUUUAAUGUUUGCAAAGCACUUUUAAUGUGUCUUAUCAUAUUUGGUAUUUAUUAAAAACCCUGGGAGGUUGAUGCUAUUAUUAUCCCCAUUUUAUAGAUGAAGAAACUGAGUCACUGAGAGGUUAAGGGACUUGUCCCCCGGAUUACACAGCUAGUAAGUAACUGAAUCAGGAUUGAAACUCGGGUCUUAAUCUCAAUUACAGCUCUUCUAUCCAUUGUACCACCUACUAUUUUACUCAAUGAAUAUUUAUUGCCUUGAGUUAGCAUUCCUUGAGUAAAAGUUUUGACUUUUUCUGACUUACAGUCACUCAAAUAAUUUAAUUUCAUAAUGUUUACUUUAAUACUUCAGUAGAUGUUGUAUCACUGUUGGUAAUCCUUCCAAUGGUGUACAUCACAAUUCAUUCAUAUUCUUUCAUCCUGGGUGACUUUUUUUCAUUCCUUCCAUAAAUCUUCCACUGGGGUCUGUCCAGCAUUCUGGGGGUCUUCUUCUAGUUCUCUUGACAUUACAUGGAGAAGAGUGGAAUACACAGGCUUUCCACUGGUUAUUUCUCACACUUGCUACAUAACCAACUCACCUUCUUUUCCAGUCCAGCAUCUCUGAUGGCAUUCUUUAUGCUUAAUCCUCUUAUACAUUUCUGAGUUUGCAAAGUGUUACAAUCUACUUGGGCCCACCAUAAUAGCUAUACCUCUCUAAAGCCUUGUGGGUAGCCUCCAAUACCAAUACUAAUUCUUUCUGUGAUUCAGCAAUAUAGCAGCGUUCAGAAUAAUGUUUACAAAAAAGAUGGGUCUUUGUUUCAGAUAAAGCUUGGGAUCAUUAGAAGAAGAACUGAAUAGUUUCCUUCCUAAAGGCAAUCCAGCUCAUUUUCUUCUUCCUGUUUAAUUCUGGGUCCAGCUCCUUGUCCACACACAGUGUCUUUCCAAGAUAUAUGUACGACUAGCCCAGUUUUCUGGGUUGUCCAUCCAACUGUGUGUUAGGCUGGACAAUAGGCAUUCUACAGUUGUAUGGUUUUUUCUGAUGUAAAUAGGCCAAAGUCUUGAAUUUUUGCUUGAGGGGAACUAAAUUCAUUUUUCAAUGAGAGAAAAACUUACCAAAUUUUGUCUAACUAACCUAAUUAGUAUGCAGUGAAAAUUGUCUUACAUUGGACCUGGGCUCAGAAACAAGCUGGUUGCCUUUUGGAACAAGGCCUGGAACUAGAGUGGCCUUCAGUUCAGGGUUGGGGGUGGAGGUACCAUUCUUUGUCAUUUAACUCCUUUAUAUUGAUGUUUUCUGACUUUUGAAAUCUGUUGAUCUACUAGUGGAAAUGCUGAGAAUUUUUCAUUGUUUUCUUCACAGCCUAACUCUAUAGUCCUCGCCCACCCAUUAUGUGUAUCUUUGGGGAAAUACCACUAUUAAAAUGUUAUUAUUGUAUAACUGCUAUGUAACACAUCAUUGCACUUUUUUGACAUAAAUGUAGAUUCUUCUGAAAGAAAUCAAACAUAAAGAAAGAAUUCAUGUUAGAUACACUUGAUAGUUUUAAUAGCUUUAGCUAGAUCUCUAAAUGACAAACUCUUAAAUUAUGUUUGUAAUGUGCUGAUCUUUCAUUGUCUUAAAUACCAUGUAACUAUAUACCGUUAAUUCAUGGUAUGCCUCAAUCUCACUAUUAGGAUGAAUAGUUAUUAUAUCCAACUAAAAUUUUACCGGCAUUAUGAUAUUCAUGAACUAAGCCACGUGAUUUAGCUAAAAAUAAUGGAGUUUUAUAUUGUUAGUGGCCAAAACUAAAAUAAUGAAAUUUAUUUAUUCGAGUUUUACUUAAUCAGUAUUGAUGUUUAAUAUAAAUUUAAAAGAGUCACACUGUAUAUUCAUUUGCUUUCAUACUGGAAAUUUGCCAAAAGGCUCAAAUCCCCAAACACUUGACAACAACAUAUUCCAGAAAUUACUUUUGUGAUAUUUCAGAGCUUACUUGCUAAAUGCACCUGUAUGUAACUUCAUAUUACAAUUUCUAAAAAAUGAAAGACCUGAGUAAGUGGUUGUCAUGGAGAAUUCUAAGUCUGAUGAAUACUAUUUUUGGAAUGGACUAGGGAACAUGAGCUACACAGUGAACUCUGCGUUUUGAAUUGAAGCACACACUUGGCUGUUGGAAAUGAGAAAGGUGACAGAAAUUAUGAAAUUACGGGGACACAGAGCCGGGAAUUUUCAUCCUUGAAAAUUCUGAGGGAGAGAGAAUUCACAUUUGCUCUUGCGAAUUUGAAUCAGGUUCAAUUAUUCCAGGAGGUAGUUCUGUUUUGUUUAAAAGAAUAAAAAUGAUUGAGAGUAGUAUCCAGAAUAAAAAUGCUCUUUUAAAUGAACACAUUUGUGUCACAGGAUAAGAUCUGGUUAGUCAGAACUCUUGGUAAUUAUCAUCCUUUUAGAAAAGCACUUCCAUUCUCUUGAGAAUUUUCAAAACUACUUUUGUUCCCCAAUCUGAUUUAGUAUAUUUUUCAUCUUCCAUAAGGUAACAUAGAGUGAGGGUGAAUCUCUGACCAAUAAGUGAAUAGAGCAGCUCCUAGUUUUGCAAAAUCCACAAAGGAGUGUGCGCUUCCUUCCUUUUCUCCUUUUGGCUGCAUUGACAUUAGUGUUUAAACGCAUGUAAGUCUCAUGACCAACCUGUCGGUUUUCUCCGUGUGGUGUGCACUAGGCCAGAAAAACGCUUUGACUACCGUGUGCAAGAGAGCUUUCAAAUCUCGCUGUUGCACAACUCUGAGCAGUUUGGACAUUCUAAAGGUGUUUUCCUCUUACUUAACUACAAGGCGGAAUUAUAAAUCUUGCAGAAGUGCCUGAAUAUCUCUUUUAGCUUGUCUUUUUUUUCCUCCCCCCCCCCUUUCUGAAGUGGCUGACUCCAGAACUUUCUGCUGAAUUCUCUGUUUAAGGUUAAUUUACACAGAGCUUCCUUCGAGGAAUUCUUUAGGUUGUUGGGGGUUUUCCUUUUGUGGAAAUGCCUCUCGGCAGUUUGUGUUUUUCCUCACAGGCUGAUUUCUUUAAGGACUGCUUCAUAUUGAAGCAUCACAGCUAUAGUUCAGAGUGGGAAGAAUAAUGGCAAAGUUGUGGGGAGAAAAAAAGCCACAGACUGGUAGCUUCUAGAGGAAUUUAUUAGGAGAUUUCAAGAGAAUGGAAAGCAAAAUUAAAAAGCCGCAUUGAGAAAGGUACUUUAGUAGAGAGAAUAGUUAAUUGACCUACCUAAUGAGAUGGAAAAUAGAUUAUGUUGGGGGAGGGGCACUUCUUGAAACAGCCAGAGAGAUUCUCUACCCUGAAAAAAAAUCCUUGGCAACCAAGCCUUUGUCAAACUGUCCUUCAUUAUGUAGUUAUUUAUCUUACUUUAUGUGGGAGAUGAAAGCUUCAGUUAAAACAAAUGUGAAAUUAUCUGUUCUAAGAAAUAGAAUGACCUCCUCCUAGAUUGGCUUUUUAUUUGGGUCCCUGCUUUAUGGCUGAUGGCAUCAAUGAAGAGGACUCAAAAGCAUGGUGGUUCCUAGAUUUGUGCCACAUGUCCGAUCUGAUAGCCUCAUCAUUGUGGCAAAGACAAAUGGAAACCCAGAUCUAGUUUUCCUCUUAAAUGUUGGGUGGCCGGCUUAUACGAGGAUUCGUAGCACCUUAAAUGGAUUCUCUAGUUUUUAACACUGUGUACCGAUUCUUUUUUCUCUCAUCAAAAUAUAGCACAUCAUUUAUUUCUAAACCGAAAGAGUGACAGAUGCUACCCCAAAGGUAAGGAUUCUCAAAAGCCGAAAUGUCUACUUUACCAGAUAGCAGAGCUAGAAAAUUGAUGCUGAAAGGUAGAACAAAGUAUCCAGGCGUCUCUCUGCAGGAAGAACAGUUUUUUCCUUUACAAAAGGGAGUAACAGUUAUGACUCCUAGCUUAAAUAACUUUCCCAGUGGCUUAGAACUGAACUCUUAAUAGUUGUUCACAGUGUUCAUAAAUGAUUCACAUUCAAGGUUUUCUUUGAAACAAUGUCACCCUUUCUUAUCUCUGUCUCCAUCCGUGCUUCCUUCUGUAUACCAGAAGAGGAAGAUGGAGAUCACCCUUGGUUAAAGUCAAGAAAGUUCUCUUAAGUGAUGUGGCCAUAUGGGGGAAUCAAGCAAAAAUAUUACCAUUGCACAUGUUUAUAGCAAGACUUCUUUACAUCCUGAGACUUCUGAACCUGAUUAAGUUUGAAUGUCAUACCAAGUUGAACCAAUUCAUUAAAGUGAUUUUAGAUUUAACUUAACACAGUUCACCCCUAGUGAACUGUUCGUGUCUGACUCUUGGUGAUCCCAUUUGAGGUUUUCUUGACAAAGAUACUGGAAUGGUUUUACGCUUUCACCAGUUCAUAUGACAGAUGAGGAAACUGAGGCCUACAGGGUUAAGUGACUUGCCUGGGAUCACAUAGCAAGUGAGCAGCUAAGGCUGUAACUGAACUCGGUCACCCUGACUUCAGGCCCAGACCUAGCUGCCCCCCAUACCCACCAAAAGCCACAGAAAUCAGGAUGGUAGGUCCAAUAAUAUCCUCUUAAUGUAUCAUGAGCCCUGUGUAUAUGGCGUACUCAUCUAAACUCACUGUAUUGUGGCAAGCCCAUAAUAAUUGUGUAGCUAUGCUUGCCCCAUCAUGUUGAGGUUACAAGAGAAUUCUGUUUUCUGAUUCUAAACAGCUAAUUACUAACUAAAAGCGAGGCACAAGUAUUUCCCAACUUUCCGGGUAUGUUGGGAUGAUACCAAGAGUGAUGAUUUUAUCUCUUCUCCUUCACCUAGACUGCACUUCUCCUAGCCUAUUGAGUUCUCAUCCCUCUCAGUAUCUUCAGUGGACAAAGAAACAGUGUCUUUCAUUGCUCAUUCCCCUGAUUAGUUGUUCCCUUCUCAAGGAUGGAUGUUCCAGAAUACAUCCUCCUGGCCUUGAGAAUGAUAACAUGACCCACAAGCCCACUGGUAACAAAUAUGCCCUUGACUUUAUAGUAAUUUGCUACUUCAGCUAAACCUUCCAAAGCAUACAUUUCUUUGGUUCCACCCUUAGAAAGCAGUUAAACUGUAUUGCGUCUCCACUCAGCCCUUUUAUGUUAUCUCUUAAUUAGGGCAAAGGUAAUAUGGGAAGUUUUCUUUAAUUUAUUGCCAUAUCUUCAGUCAGGAGUUUGUUGUAGGAAAAGGCAGAUGUGAGCCAAUUGACUCAGAAAGGGCCUCUCGACAGUAUUAAGCGUGAAAAGUUGGGCUGAGAUGAUUAGUUUGACCAGUUUCUUUAUAAAGUGAAUUAUAUUGUCUUUCCCUGAACUCAAUUUAUUGUCUGCAAAGGGUUCUGUUUCCGGAAUACUGGGGAGGGGGGGUCUUCUCAAUAAAAAUGAACUAUUCCCUUACUGUUUUAAGUUCUUUGUAUCACCCACGACUGAGUAUCUUACAAUAAGCAGAAAAUCAUUCACCAUCUUAGAGAUGCUUAAUAUGACUCCAUUUCGACUUAAGAAAGAUGGCUCCCCUAGUUCAAAUCCAGGUGCCCCUUCCAUAAGAAAAAAAAAGAAAAGAAAAAUGGUUCCUAGGGAAAACUGCAACUUUGGUAGCUAAUCUGUACUUCCAGUGCCAAUGUCUCAGGAACUAUGUGGUCCACUUGCAACAAAUGUUACAGAAUUUGACUGAAUGUAAUCUUGAAAGAGGUUAAAAACUAGCCAUUGUGCCCUUCACAUUAUUUAUUAAUGCACUGUCCCAGUGAUCCUCCAGGGGGAACUCAGUCCACUUUUCCAGGCAACUCGAGGGGACAGUUGUGAGAAUACUUGGUCCCAUCCCUGGACAACUCAAGAGCUUCUCACUGCACAGUCUUGAUCAGCUCUCUAGAAGAGUCAGGGACACACACAGGAAAAAGUGAGUGUGGUAGAAGCUAGAAGGAACAGAAACCCUUCCUUUGGUGGAACCAAUCUCCAGUUGCUCUCUUCAUCUCCUGGCUAAUCAAUGUGAAAAAUAGUCCCUUUAUGUAUUAUGGCUGAACAGGUUCCUACUUUAGAACCUACAACUGUUGUCAAUGACAUGCCUCUUCCUCCUCAUAUGGUAAAUGGGGACAGCAUGCAACAGGUUAUAUUGGUCCAGGUGAAUCCAGGAGAAACAUUCACCAUUAGAACUGAGGAUGGACACAUUCAGUGUAUCCAAGGACCAGCCCACGUUCCUAUGAUGUCACUAAAUGGCUCUAUGCCACCAAUAUUUGUUCCUCCUGGUUACAUGUCCCAGGUGGUGGAAGAAAAUGGAGUUCGAAAAAUAGUAAUUUUGCCACAUUCUACUGAUUACCACCCUGCCAUGCAUCCUCCUCCACAUAUGCAGCAUUACAUGCAUCCACACCCUCCUCCUCUACUUGCCCAUCCCAUGUACCCCCCAGUUCCAGGAUCUGAACUGCAUCCACCCCAGUAUAUGCACCAACAUCCAAUGCCGCCACCACCACCACCUCCACCACCUCCACCACCACCACCACCACCACCACCACUGCCACAACUACGCAUGUACCAUGAAUAUGAAUCCCGUUCCCAUGGGAGAACGCAUUAUAUUCCUCGUGAUGAAAGAACAGGCAAAAUGCAGGAGCACUUGAAGAAAAGAAUCAAAGACAGACAUGCUAUUGGGCAUAACAAUAACAACAACAAAUCUGGCGUUCCACCUUCUUCGCUAUCCAAAGGUCAAAGUUCUUACAAUGCGAAUGCUGAGAACGGAUAUGGAAAGGGGCAGUAUGUGGUAGAAGAACCUGCUAAGCAGAAAGAGAGUGGAAAAGCCAAGGACAACGCACCGGAAGAAGCAAAAGCUGCAGAACCUGAAAAAGAAAUUAAAGAGUUGCAGGACCUCUUUAGCACUGGAAAACCUAUAGUUUCUAAUAUUCAAGCAAGAUCAGCUGUCCUCUCGUGGAGUCAUCUAGUCAGCUCUCCGAAUGAAGAAAAGGCCAGCCGUCCAGUAUCAUUUACAUUUGAAGUGGCACUCUCCAACUGUGGUAAAAGUGGCAAAUUUAAAACUAUUUACAUCGGGGAUGAAGUGACAGUUAGCCUACCUGAUCUCCAGCCAGCAACCGACUAUCACGUAAGAGUUUCAGCAACAUACAGCUCUAUAGAAGAAUCAACUUCUGAAGUGAUUAGUUUUACAACAGAGAGUUGUGAACCAGACCGUCCUGCUGUACCUAAGCUAGUCAACCGAACCAAGAACAGCCUGAUUUUACAGUGGAAGGGAUCUAAUGACAACGGUUCCAAAAUAAUCGGUUUUCUUUUAGAAUGGGACGAGGGGAAGCCUGGAACCUUCAAAGAAUGUUAUUUUGGCCAUCUUAAACAGUACAAGCUAACCAAGCUAGCUCCUUCCACAAAAUAUUCAUUUAGAUUAGCUGCUAAAAAUAACUUGGGAAUAAGUGAAUUUAGUGAAACGGUUGCCUUUAACACAACAGGAAGUGUCCCUCCAGCCCCUCCUCCCCCUCAGCUAAAUCAAGCAGGAAUUACUACUCUGUCACUAGAUUGGAGUCCUCCUCCUGGUGCAGCUACUGAGGAAUCCCAUUUUACUUACACCCUCGAGAUGGAGGAAGAAGGAUCUGGUCAUGGUUUCAAGGCUAAAUAUAAUGGCGAAGAACCCUCAUGCACUUUAAAAAAUCUUCGGAGGAGCACUUCAUAUAAAUUUAGGCUCUUUGCCCACAACAGUGAAGGAAAAAGUAACCCAAGUGAAGAAGUAGAAUAUACCACAUACCCUGAUAAGCCAGGCCCCCCAAGUAAACCAUACACAAAGGGGAAGAUCCGAGCAUACAAUGUGAAAGUCGCAUGGGAUCCACCUAAAGAUAAUGGAGGAGCAGAAAUUUCCAAGUAUGUUUUGGAAAUUUCUGAAGCUUCAAAUGGAAAUACAUGGAAUGUAAUAUACGAUGGCACUUUGAGAGAACACGUAUGUGACCAUCUCAGACCUGGCACUUCAUAUAAGUUGAGAGUAUUUUGCUUUGGAAUUGCAGGGCAAAGCCAGGCCUCAGAUAUCCUAUCCAUUCACACCUCUGCCGUUCCUCCUGGACCUUGCAGGUCUCCAUACUUGGCUAACAGGGCUAAGCCCAGAGAAAUCAGCCUGCACUGGGCUCCUCCUGUUGUGAAUGGAGGAGCUGAGAUAAUUGACUACGUAGUAGACAUGGCCGAGUCUGACCAAGCCGAGUGCAGAAGAGUCUACCAAGGCCCAGGCUUGAGGUGCACAGUGAGCAAUCUGCUUCCUGGGAGGACUUACAGCUUCUGGAUUAAAGCAGCAAAUAAGACAGGGUUUGGACCUUAUUCAGCCAAGUCUCAGAUCUCCACAGCACCAGGACCUCCUGAUCAGUGUGGCGUACCUCUGUUAACCUGUAAGACUGCUACCAGUGUGGCUGUCAGCUGGGAGGUUCCUAUGUGCAAUGGCGCCGAAAUUUGUGAUUACAGACUGGAGUGGGGAAAACUAGAAGGAUCAAUGCACGUAAUAUACACUGGCCCUUGCUUGAACUAUGAAGUAAAAGGUCUUACCCCUGCAACUACCUAUUUUUGCAGAGUACAGGCUGUGAAUAUGGCUGGAAUUGGCAUGUUUGGGGGAACGGGCAUAGUAACAACACCGGCAUCAGUGCCAGGAGCAAUGUCACUGCCACGGCUACUGGAAGGAAAGAUCCCUCUUCCUUUGGCAUCGACUUGCCUCGCUCUUCAGUGGGAUGAACCCAACUGCCAUGGGUCGGAGAUCACUGGAUAUAACAUUGAAUAUGGAGAAAGACAGAUCGUAACUGUUGAUAGAGUAACGAGCUACACCCUGGAAAAUCUGCAGCCGGACACUGUGUACAGAAUUAGAAUACAAGCUAUCAAUAGUUUGGGACAAAGUCCUUUUAGCCAAUCAAUUAAAGCCAAAACCAAGCCACUACCUCCAGACCCUCCUGUCCUUGAAUGUGUGUGCUUCAGUUAUCAAAGCCUAAAACUGAAAUGGGGUGAUGGCCCAAACAGAAUUUCACUCUCCAGCUCUGUACAGUUCAAUUUGCAAAUGGAAGAUAAGACUGGCAGAUUUGUCACCCUUCUGAAUGGGCCUUGUCACACCUACAAAGUCCAGAGACUGAGUGAAUGUACGACUUAUAACUUUAAAAUACAAGCAUAUAAUGAAGCUGGCGAAGGACCAUUUUCUGAUAUUUAUACCUUCACUACAACCAAAUCUCCACCUGCCGCACUCAAAGCACCCAAAAUAUGUCAGCUGGAAGAAAAUCUUUGUGAGGUUACAUGGGAGCCUCUCCCCCCUAUGAAAGGAGACAGCAUCAUUUACAUUCUACAGCUUGUCAGUGGGAGAGGAGCUGAUCAGGUAUACAAGGGGCCAGAUACCUCAUUCUGUUUCACAAAUUUUCAAACCAACUGUGAGUAUCGAUUCAGAGUAUGUGCUGGCCGACAAUAUCAACAAAAUGGUGGAUUACAAGAACUAUUAGGAGCAUACAGUCCCAGUACAGUAUUCUCAUCUCAGAAAAAAGACAUAGACCCACCCCAGGAUGAUGACUUAAUAGAAGAAAAUAAAAGCAAAAAGAGGUGUCUAACCGAUGAUCAAUUCGCAUUCAUCCUGGUCGUAGCAUUUGCAAUUAUCGCUGUUUUGUGUGCUGUUGCCAUUCAGUACUUUUUAAUCAAAUAAAUUAGUCAAAAAUAUUUAGCAGAGUCUGAACAUUUCUGAUUAUUUGGCAGUUCUAUCUCAAAUCAUAGCUGGAGAUGGUUGUGCAAGGUUGAUUUGUAGAUUUCUUUCUCAAAUGUCACCUAAAAGCUAGGGAUUAUAUGGCAGAAGCCUUGCCGUGAAUAUGUAAUUGACAUUAAAAUAUUCCUGCGUCUUAUGUAAGCAGGUUUUAUUGUAAGAGAAAAUCAGGAGAACUGCCUUAAUACAUAGCUGCUAGGCCUAGAAUAAACCAGUUAGAAGAACAGAUUUAUGUUGAAGUCCUUUUAAGUACAUUUGAGAAAGAGGUAGAAGUUUUUGAUUUCUUAAGAAAGAUUUGAUAUAGUUUAGAAUUUGUGAAUUUUCAAUGACAGGUGUUUCUUUUGAGCAUAGAUUGGAAUAUAGAACACUUCUAAAUCCUUUACUGAAUUUUAUGUAUUGUAGAAGAAAAUUAUUGCCUGCCUUGAUUUGUGGUUUUGUGAAAUGAAUACUUAUAAUUUUGUUUUAAUGUUGAGGUUAAAUAUUUAAUAUCAUUUAAAGUACUAUGUGAGGGUACCAACAAUUUGGGAACUUUACUUACAAUAAGACUCUAUAGACAGAGAGCAAUGUACUGUAUGUGGCCGACUACUUGCAUUCUUCUGAAAUAUUAUAAAAUGUGUCUUAUACUCUCUGUACUGUAAUUUUCAAAGUAAUGUUUCCAGCAUUUGGUAAUCAGUUUUGGCCCAGUGCAAACUUCACUCUGAAAUGAAGAAGAUGGUGAUAUUUUGGUGCUUGGACAGAAAGUCUGUAGUACCUCUUUGGGAGUGGGGUAAGAGAAGAGGCACAGUCUUUUGGGAAGAGUGCAUUUUACUGUUUUGACUCCAAAUUCAGCAAAUAAUUUUGUAUUAUUCUUGGCCUAAACAGAAAAUUCAACCUCUAACUUAAUUAGGAUUAUUAAAUGUUUUACAUGUAAUAACUCAUGUUUUUACAUUGCAUUUAUAAAGCAUUUUUAAAAGAUCUCCUCUUGAAAAAAAGAUCAUUUUGCAUCUUGAUCUAAUGGUACAAUUUCUCAUUAUUAAACUCCUUGCAGGAUUUUGUAGAAAAGACUAUGCACUUCAUAUGACUUCCUUCUCGAACCUUUUAUUGUAAAUGUUUUUAAAUUCUCUACUUACCCAAGAUUUCUGUUGUGAAUUUGAAAGCUGGAAGCCACAAAUUUUGAAUGUUUUAUGUCUCAAUUAACUUGACAAUAAGAUCUUAUGUUACAAAUAUUUGCAUAUUCUGUGACAUUUUGUAUCUUCCUGUGUGCAUCAAGAAUCGCACUGGUUUGUAGCAUGUUUUAUAUAAGUAGUGUGCGGAACUUUAAAUCUUUCAAAAAGUAGAAUUCAACAUUUUAAGAAUGUUGCUGAAAUGGCAGCUGUUCAAAACAAUUAAGGUUUGAGAUAUUAUUUUUGAGGUGUGGAAAACAUUAAAAAAAGGAUUUUUGAAAAUAGAUUAUGGUGCAAUCUAAAUUAACAUUUUCUAAAAUACAUUCAUUUUGUAUUGUAUUUAUUUUUAUUAAGUCCUGGAAAAUGUAUGUUUGAAUGUAUUAGUAGCAGAAUUUAACCAUUUUAUCAUACCAUCAAUGCCUUUUCCCCACACUCAGUUUUAUGCAGCUAUUUAGUAUUACAUUUGAAGAAUUUGUCCUGCCCGUUUUUCUUGAGUGAAUUAUAAAAUAUUCUGCCUUCAGCAAAUAUUUAUUUUUCCCUAAAAAAAAAGAAGAAGCUGCAUUGAAAACAGAACCUGCUUAGAGAGAUUUUUUUUGCAAGCAAGUGAUUUUAUAGAUUAAAAUUUGGGCUGAGUACAUACGAAGCAAAAUUUUACUUUUCUAGAAAUUUUAAAUGCUUUAGAAUUGCCUCAAAGUAUGUUUCACAGAACUACAGAAAAAAGCUGUGUAGAUUUUGCAAUGACAGACAUUCCAAAUUGAUCCACCUUAGUGAGUAUGAAUAUACUAGAUCUCUCCUGCUUUUCAUUAUUCCCCAUGUAUUGUAAUUUGCUUAAAGUAUCUCAAACUUAUGUCAACACUGCCAUACAUAAAUGUUAACUAAAUUGUAACUAUGAAAUAGAUAAUAUAUUUUAAAUGGCCAAUAAAAAUUAUAAAAAUUA